AGGGCGCCGCCGGCCGGCGCCUCGCUUCGCCUCGGCUCUGCCCGCGCCCAGCCGAGCGCGGGGGAAGCUGCCGCCGCCGCCGCUCUGCCUUUGUGGCCGCGGCUCCCGCUCCGCCUUGCUGCCGCCCUCGGGGACCCCCGCGCCCGCCUGCCGAGGAGGUCGCUGCUGCUGGUGGUGCUGCUGUUUAGCCGGGAGGGAUUUGCGCGGGGCCGAGGCGCGGCAGCCAUGGGGCUGCAGCCGCUGGAGUUCAGCGACUGCUACCUGGACAGCCCCUGGUUCAGGGAGCGGGUGCGAGCCCACGAGGCCGAGCUGGACAAAACCAACAAGUUUAUCAAGGAGUUGCUCAAGGAUGGGAAGAACCUGAUCGCCGCCACCAAAAACCUUUCAGCAGCCCAGAGGAAAUUUGCCCAUUCUCUGAGAGACUUUAAAUUUGAAUUCAUUGGUGAUGCAGAGACUGAUGACGAACGAUAUAUAGAUGCAUCACUACAUGAAUUUUCAAACUUUUUAAAAAAUCUAGAAGAACAAAGAGAAAUUUUGGCACUCAGUGUUACUGAAACUCUGAUCAAACCUUUGGAACGAUUUAGGAAAGAACAACUAGGAGCUGUAAAGGAGGAAAAGAAGAAGUUUGAUAAAGAGACAGAGAAAAACUACAGUUUGUUAGAAAAACAUUUAAAUUUAUCAGCUAAGAAGAAGGAGCUACAGUUACAAGAGGCAGACAACCAAGUGGAGCAGAACAGAAAACACUUCUAUGAGCUGUCUCUUGAAUAUGUGUGCAAGUUGCAAGAGAUACAAGAACGGAAGAAAUUUGAAUGUGUGGAGCCUGUGUUAUCGUUUUUUCAGGGUUUGUUCACUUUCUAUCAUCAGGGAUAUGAACUUGCCAAAGACUUCAGUCAUUACAAAAUGGCCCUACAGAUAAAUAUACAAAAUACAAGAAAUCGUUUUGAAGGAACAAGGUCGGAGGUAGAGGAGCUGAUGAACAAGAUCAGAAGGAAUCCUCAGGAACAUAAAAGAGUAAAUCACUUCACAAUGGAAGGAUAUCUUUAUGUACAGGAAAAAAGGCCUGCUCCCUUUGGCUCUAGUUGGGUGAAGCAUUAUUGCACGUAUAGGAAAGAGACAAAGAAAUUCACGAUGAUCCCAUUUGAACACAGGUCAGGAGGGAAAGUUGGUGAUGAGGAACUCUUCAUCCUUACAUACUGUACCAAAAGAAAUAUAGACACUAUAGACAGGCGAUUCUGUUUUGACAUAGAAGCUUCAGACAGGCCUGGUAUUCCUGUGACUAUGCAGGCCUUUUCUGAGGAAGACAGGAAACUGUGGAUGGAAGCCUUGGAUGGAAAGGAAGCUUUGUUCAUCAAUUCGAAUAGAGCAAAUGCAAAACAGGAAGGAAGUGCACAGUUGGAUAAAGUAGGGUUCACCAUCAUCAAGAAGUGCAUCAGUGCUGUUGAAACACGAGGGAUAAAUGACCAAGGACUGUACAGAGUUGUGGGGGUGAGUUCAAAGGUCCAGAGACUUCUGAAUUUGUUGAUGGAUCCUAAAACCUGCAAUGAAGUUGAUUUGGAAAACUCUGUAGAUUGGGAAGUGAAGACAAUUACUAGUGCUAUGAAGCAAUAUCUGCGAAGCCUUCCAGAGCCCUUAAUGACGUAUGAGUUGCAUGGAGAAUUCAUCGUUCCUGCCAAAAGUGGGAGUCCUGAGUCUCGAGUUAAUGCUGUUCACUUUUUGGUCCAUAAACUUCCAGAAAAGAACAAAGAGAUGCUGGACAUUCUGGUGAAACAUUUAGCAAAUGUUUCAAAGCAUGCCAAGAAGAAUCUAAUGACUGUAGCAAAUUUAGGAGUAGUAUUUGGACCAACCUUGAUGAGGCCACAGGAAGAAACUGUAGCAGCCAUCAUGGACCUGAAGUUUCAGAACAUUGUGGUUGAAAUCCUUAUUGAAAACCACGAGAAGAUUUUCAGAACCCUGCCUGAUGCCACUUUCCCUGAGCCAAUCUCUAUGUCACUGUCUCCUCCAAAUGCCCCACCAAGGCAAUCAAGAAGACAAGGACAGCGUAAUAAGAGGCCUCUGGCUGUGUACAAUCUUUGUCUUGAGCUGGAUGAUGCUGACAGUCACAGCUCUCCCAAAGAGGACACUCCGACUGGCAGCAUGGAUUCUCUUUCUUCCCAGUCUCCUACACCAGUGUUCUCUAGCAGCCCUCCUGGGCUCCUAGACAGAAAUCACCUUAUAAUGGACAGUGGAGAUCUUGCAGACUGGACAACAAAUCUCCCUGGUCAAAGUCGCUCCUCAAUGGUCUCGUGGAUGAAUACUCCAUCUGCUAACACAGCUGCUACAAAUACUUCAUCUUCUUUCUGCUUCCUUAACCCUACCACAGUGAGUGACAGAGCAGUGGAAAGUGCUGUUAACCGAAAAGCAAGAGCAGUUUAUCCAUGUGAAGCAGAACAUAGCUCUGAAUUAUCAUUUCAGAUAGGAGCAAUUUUUGAAGAUGUGCAAUUUUCCAGAGAACCGGGAUGGCUAGAAGGCACUCUAAAUGGCAAGAGAGGACUUAUUCCACAAAAUUAUGUUCAGUUCUUAUAGCUCUGUGCAUUGAACGCCAAGAAGGUGUACAUGGUAUCCAUGGAUUUUUGUUAUAGUCACUUCUCUCUGCUUUUGUGACUGCUUUUAAACAACGAAGAGCCUGAUUAUGGGUUGAAGAUCCUAAUCUGUAUAAAGACGUUAAGUGUUGCCAAAUACAAAUUACAAAUAAAAGAUUCUUUAAGGGAGUUUGGAUUGGGGGGACAAGAAAGUGGGAUGGGGGAGAUAGAUAGUUUAAGUUUUGAAUAGUUUUUCAAUUUUAAAGAACAGUCAUGGUAUAUUGGUUUGCAAGAUAAUUAGCGUUUUUAGUCAAGCAUCUAGUUGAUCUGUGACUCGUCUGUUGGUGGAAGAAGGUUUUUUAAAACUUUGUGUCCUGGAGAUCACACAUCUAUUUCCACUGGUAACAGAAUGUUAUUUGGGUUUGGAAAAUACUGUUAGAUAAAAAAAGCUAUUAUGCUGAUGAUAAAAUUAUAUUUCAAAAUGGAAAAGACAAUAUGAAAUAGACAUCAAUAAGUAAAAUAAUAGGUAUGGAGGCAUGAUAUUUUUCAAAUGUCUUUGAAGAACAGAUUCAUUUAUGUUGUGUGUGUGACUUCAUUUAUAUUACUUUAUAAAGACAAGACACAUGAACUUUUACUACACGCUCCUGUAUGUCAUGGUUCCUUUGUUUCUCCAAAUUACCACUGUAAAUGAAAUAAAAUGUUAUUUGUUAUUUACUCUAAA